CUUUCCCGCGGAAUCUUUUGGAAGACCAUGCUUAGAGGUGGGGAUGCACGUGCCAUUGCUUUUGUUAUUGAGAUUGUCGUGAUAUCGAAGCUCGAGCCGCGUGCACGAGAAUCGUGCAUCUACGCACGCGUGACCAUGUUGCGCGCAACCACGAGGGGGGAUAACAUGGCGGUGCUCGAUCGCCGUUAGUCGAUGUUCAGACACUGUCACUGGCGGAUUUCGAUCAUCCCUCCGUACUGUCAGGAUGAAGGAUCGUUCUGACUGAAAGCUCGCAUACCGUGCAGUUAUCGUUCCACGAUUGUAUAACAUGGUUUAAUGGUCUGCUGAGAUUAAAUUCGAACAAUUCCGUAACCUCGAUCGCUAAAUCGUUCGCAAAUACGUGCGUUAAGUGACGUUUGUAGUGUGUUCUAAUAUCGAUUUAAAACGCGAUUGGGGAUUUAACUAACGAGGAAAUUCAAACGUUCGCAUCACGAAAGUGAUUCUGUAAUUAAUCGGUGCUGGACUGAAUGAUUGACAACGGAAUCAGAGAAUACUGAUACCUGAUUACGAGAAACAUUUGUUUGGAAAUCCUCGUGGCUACAUCCCACGCUUAACCUGCAAACCGAUUACUCGUUGCAAAAUGGCUCCGACCAUUUGCCUGUCGGAGCUGCCAGCGGUAAGGAAAUCAACGAUCCCGUGUUCUCGUCGACGACAAAGAGUUUCCAAUGGAACCGUUGCGAAGCAACAGAGAUUCGAGUUGAGGAGGAUGGAGAUAAACACGCCGCGGCACGAUAAAGCGUCUUUAACGCCGCCAGAAAGUCCUCUCUGGGAACCAGAGUGUCCAAACGACUCCUGCGUCCCAACUGUCGUCAGUUCUUCAGCUCCGAACGUUUCUGCUCGAGUACCAACGGACGCGGAGGAACAUUGGAGAGUGUUCCUGGCGCGGCGGAAAGGUCUUCUAGACAUCGUUGUGCGCACAAUGGCCCUCGUGCGACGGAACAACAUCCUUCAGGAAAGGGUGAACGCACUGAGCGCGGAGACACGUGACUUCAUCCACUCGGUGCUAAAUAAUCCCGAGAACAAGUGCGUGCAACAGAGAUUGGACGCGUCGGAUUGCAAGGACGCGGACGUGUCGUCCUCGACGGAAGAGACCAUACCAAGACCGUCUCUACCACCGACUCCAGACACUACGUAUUCUUCGUCGAACGAUGUCACGUCUAGUUGCGAUAGCAGCGAACACGACACCGAACAGUCUUUCUCAGAGGACGACGAAUCGUAAACCUCGAAUCCGCGUGUACGUGCAAGAGGAAUAGGUAAUCCCUAAGUGGGAAUGAAAAGAAACAUAUUAAAAAAUCUAUGGUCGAUCGUUGACUAUCCGACGAUGAUACAAUCGCUUCUUGAUUACGUUAAGUAAAUUGAAUUUUCCAUUUCUAUACAUAUUGACCCUCGGAAGAUGUAUGAUUUUGUGAGUUACGAAGGUACAAGGUCAUUUUCUUCUGGAAUUGAGAUUUUAUCGUAUAAAUAUGAUACUUAUGACGAGAUUACGAUUUCCGUGGCGUCGGAAUUUUACUGUGUUUUUAUUUAUACAGGGUGUCCCAAAAAUGUUGUAACACCUUGAAAGAGGUGGCUCGGGAGGUGGCUCGGGAGGUGAUUUGAAACAACUUUUUCCUUAGCGAAAAUGUUGUCCGAGGUUUCGUUAAGGAGAUAUUAACAGAAAACAUUGACCAAUCAGAGCGCGAGUAUGACGGUUGAGCGUAGGCUACGCGAUAGGCGGCCGCUCCAACGGCCUGUAUAUCUGAAUUAUCGGGAGGUAAGACAGUCAACGCCGAUAAGUCUCCAUCGUUUAUGCUUAUGACGUAACGACCGCUGGCGAUGCCACGUUCUUCUAUGCGACCUAGUCCGUAUAUCUGUCGCAGGGAAAUGAUAAAAAUAGAGAUUUGAACAAAUCCCUAAGGUAGAUGAUCAAUUCACGGGAGAUGUUAAAAUAACAAGUCCGUAAGGUCAUUUCUCUAAAGAAAGUAAGUGAUUUGAUCAAAUCCCUUAACUGUUUUAGUGUAAAGAUGAAAUAAUAUUGUUUAGAUAUUAAAAGUAUUAAUUUAGUAAAUCAUGCGUUAUUAAGUGUAGAGUAGGUAAUACAACAAUAGUCGUAGAAACAUGAAUUAUUUAUUAAUUACAUUCCCUAAAAAUAUUCUUUUUGUUUUUUAAAAUAUCAGCUUAAGUACCUAUUUCUUUUGCUAAUUAGUCUCGAAUAAAUAAUUUAUAUUUCUAUGAGUAUUGUUGUAUUACCUAUUCUACUUUUAAUAACGCAUGAUUUACUAAAUAAAUACAUUCAAUAUCUAAACAAUAUUAUUUCAUCUUUUCGUUAAAACAAUUAAGGGAUUUGAUCAAGUUAUACUAUUUCAUCUUUUCGCUAAAACAGUUAAGGGAUUUGAUUAAAUCACUUACUUUCUUUAGGGAAAUGACCUUACGGAGUUAUUAUUUUAACAUCUCCCGUGAAUUGAUCAUCUACCUUAGGGAUUUGAUCAAAUCUCUAUUUGUAUCAUUUCACUGCGACAUAUCGACACAAUCUCACCUUUAGAGUUAAAGAUUGGACAACCACUCGUGUCGGGGUCGCCACUCCAGUGACUGGCUCUAAUAAAAUUAUAACUUCUGUCAACUUCGAUUGAACGCAUCUCAUAAAAUAAGACGUCGUCUCUAGUUGAGAAAUUGCUCUUAGGGUUCUACACCAAUAAAUAUUGUCCGAUUCUUCUAGAUGGACUGAUAACGCACAAAAUCUCACCUACUUCAGCUUUUGCAAAUUUGAAAGUUCUCUCUCCGUAGACGAAUCUCUCUCCAAGUCUUCACUCUCUAAUGAAUGGAAUAUUUUAUCCCAUGUAUAAGUCAUUCUCGCGCGUAUCAAAGUAACGUCAUUACCAUAGAUCACACGAAAGGAAGUGAAUAAAUUGGCCAUAUCGCCAAAACAACAACCAGAAUUUGAAGCAGAUAUGUUUUUAUACAUAUAAUUUGUUAGAAAAACAAUGCCGCAAUUCUCUAUCAUGUUUAGUUUAUAAAUUAUGUUCAUUAUAAACAUGAUGUUAUCAAACUUUAAAUAAAUGUUACUUCUAAACUAAACGUGAUAGAGAAUUGCGAUUUACAGCAUUGUUUUUCUGAUAAAUUAUAUUAAAUAAAAACGCAAUCAAAUCAUGGUGCCACGGAAAUCGUAAUCGUGGCAUAUAUUUAUGUGUUUCUCUGUGAGAGUUAAUAAGUGAAAAUGAAGAGCAGGGAAAUGGGAAUAUUUGGAUAAUCUAGGAUGAACAUGAUGCGCAUUACUUGCAUUAAGUACAGAGAAAUGUCUUGUUUUUACCAUCAGCUAAGUCUAAAGAGUUAUUAAAAAAUUUACAAUAAUAUUCUACAUCUCAAAAGUAAAAACAGAAUCUGAAUAAACAUGAGCCAGCAAACUAAUUAUUACUGAAAUUCAGCUGCUAAGUCGAAACAUGAACUAUAUUUUGGUUCAAAAGUAGUUUCCAGACUAAUAUAACAAAUGGAAUGAAUAUGAAAGAAUCUCAACAAUAAUUUUAUCUGACCUGUUGUUAAUACUAAAUAAUAGAAAUGCUUCUAUACUAUCCUUCAUAUAACACUCCAACAUAUAAAGCCGGCGACUGACUUGCAACAGAACACUGUAAUGUAACUGCUCGGCACGAAUUGUACGGUUCGACACCAACGUUACAAGGUCGUUUUUGAAAUCACGAAUGCUCGCUUCGAACUCUCGGCUGAAUUCUCUCUCAAUGCUUCCUACUCAAUUCAGUGAAAAGUAGACGAUCAAAGAGGUUUCUCAAAAAACCGACAGACCAGUGGAGCACGGUCGAGCGCGAACCGUUCGCAAGAGUCCGUCCAGACUAAUUGUAAGCGUAUGCUCGCGUUACAUUACAAUGUUCUGUUGCAAGUCAGUCGCCGGCUUAAGACUCCAUCAGUUGAGUUACUUGAAGCAGGUGUUAAAUUCAGUAGUCAUUCAACUAGAGUCUAACUAUACAUAUAUACUUUGAACAGAUAACAUUUGAGAUAUAGAAUAAAUUUUAACACUUUUAGAUUUACACUCUAUUGUGUAACUACCUAACAAUUAAUGAAUCAAACAUUAAGUUUUUCGUUAAUUUAAUUUUGCAUACUAUGUGUGUUAAAAAUUUCAUCAACGAUACUGUAAGAAAUAAAGAAUAGAAUAGAGCUUCAAGAAGAGAUUGUACAGAAUUGUUUGUAAUGUAUAGUAAAACGAAUUUGAAAGAAAUCAUUUUCUCAUGGUGGCUUCACUGAAUUCAUUGAAAAUUUCAACCCAGUUCUUUUUCGUGAAGGUACAUCAGUAGUUUGUAAGUUCUACCCAGCUAAUUUUUACAAAAGAAUUGUAAAAAGAAUUGGGUUGUACUGACUCGUAUAUUGAGAAUAUUAAGUAUGAAACGUUUAAUAAUAGUCUUCGAGCAGAAGAAGCUUAUGUAUCAGUGAAGUAGUUAGAUAGAAAACUAUAAAAGGAGUAUCAAUCUAUCAGAACAACGCAACUUGUAACAUAUUGUUGCUAAGUAGAAAUAUUGCAAUCAAUAGGUAACAUUGAAGAUUCACACUUUGAUUGUGGUCCAUUGAAGACAGAGCACUAGCGUGAAAUGAAUCUUAUUCAAUAAAAUGCAGAAUUAUAUCUACUUUAAUUAUGAGCCAAUUUAAAUUAAAACGCUCUGCAAAUUCGUGGCUGUGAAAUUUUGUAUUUGCACGUGUAAUUGUAUCUCUCUCUCUCUCUCUCUCU